AUGGAGUAUGUUGCUCCUAUUGUGACUGAAGGUGAAAUUGAGGUUGAGAUUAGCGAAGAGGACAUCGCUUCAGAAUUGCGAUUCUGGGAGAAUGCCCUAAUCCUAUAUGUCAUGGGAGCAGAUCUGAGUUUGCACGCAAUAAAGAACUUUAUGCAGAAGGUAUGGAACUUUGUUCUUCUUCCUGAUUUGUACUAUCAUGAUGAGGGAUAUUUCAUACUCCGGUUCAAGAAAUCAGAGGAUAUGGAUUUGGUGUUAAUGAAGGGGCCUUAUUCGAUACGUGGAAUGCCAGUUUUGAUCAAGGAAUGGAGCCCAGAAUUCAAUCUAAAGGAGGAUCUACUUCGUACACUCCCAAUCUGGAUCAAACUACCUCUUCUUCCACUGCAACUUUGGGGAGCAUCUAGCCUGAACAAGAUAGGGAGUGCCCUGGGAACUCCACUCGUUACAGAUGAAUGUACCACGCAUAAACUCAGAGUGUCCUACGCCAGAAUCUUGGUGGAGGUGGAUAUUACUAAGAAGCUACCGGAUGAGAUCACUAUCAAAGAUAACACUGGGCAGAAAAGGAAGCAGCUUGUUGAAUAUGAAUGGCGACCUAAAUAUUGUGAUAAAUGUUUGAAGGUUGGUCACACUUGUGGGGAGAAGCCGAAACCAAAAAUCUGGAGGCCUAAACCUAUGAAGCCCCCAUCUAAUAACACUGAAGCAGUGGCAGAAACCAAGAAGACUGAAGGAUUGGAGAGUGAAACCAAGCUGACUGAGGGACCAGAGGGAGUCCUAUCCCCGAGAGCAAAUCUUGCUGGAAGCAAUGGUGGUGCUACAGGUGAAACAUGGACUACAGUUCAUAAAUCAGGCAGGGACAAAGGUAAGACUAUUUUGCUCCCUGAUACUCCUCCUGUGGUUAACUGUUUGAAUGGUUUUGAGGCACUAGGGGUUUGGAAUGACCACUUAGUGGUAAAGAAGAACAAAGCUGGUAGUAUCAGGGAUAAACUGAAGCUGAAAGGCACUUAUAUUGAUAAUUAUCAACACCAUGCUAAUGGUCGUAUAUGGAUUCAAUGGGAUAACUCUAAAGUGGAUCUUAGAUGUGUAUGCAGUUCUAGCCAAUACAUACAUUGUGGUGUCUAUGAUCUUAGAGGGGAGUUCAAAUAUUGGUUGACUGCAAUUUAUGCCUUAAACCAAUUGGAAUAUAGAAAGCGGCUGUGGAAGGAUUUGAUAGAGAUUCAUAGACAGUAUGCUGGACCUUGGUGUGCUGUUGGGGAUUACAAUAAUGUAUCAUCUGCCAAUGAUAGAAUGGGUGGAAAGACUGUUGUGGAGGCUGAAUAUACUGACUUUACCACUAUGCUGAAUGACACAGGGUUAUGUGAGAUGGAGAGUAAGGGUGAUCACUUUACUUGGUCUAACAAGCAGAGUGAAAAUCCUAUCUACUCAAGGAUUGAUAGACUGGUGGCAAACACUGAUUGGUUCCAGGACAAUCAGGACUGUACCUUGAAUGUGUUACCCCCACACAUUUCUGACCAUGCUCUGCUGUAUUUGAGCAAACCUAAUGUGGCUAGGACUAAAAAGAGAUUUAGAUUUGACAAUAGAUGGGUGGACUAUGAGGGCUUUACUGAUUGUGUUAAGCAGAGUUGGAACAAGAUGGCUUAUGGAAGACCAAUGGAAAUUCUUUGGCAUAAGCUGAUGAGACUCCAACCUGAGCUUAGAAAGCUGAAUAAACAGAUGAAUGAUAUCCAGCUUAGGAUUAAGGAAGCAAGGCAGAAUCUUAAGGUAGCUUAUGAUGAUCUUAAGCUUCACCCUAUGAAUAGGGAUAAUAUUCAAAAGAUUAAGGUUCACACUGAAGACUUAGUGAAGUGGAAUGAUAUGGAGGAACAGAGCUUGCUGCAGAGAUCUAAAAUACAUUGGCUGAGGAUGGGAGAUGAAAAUAAUGCUUUCUUUCAUGCUUAUGUCAAAGCUAGAAAUAAUUCUAAGCAUAUUCAGUUCCUGCAGAAAGAAGAUGGUACUCUUUUGACUACUCAGGGGAGUAUUGAGGAAGAGUUCAUUACUUUUUACAAGAGCCUUAUGGGUAAAGCCAACAGAAGUACUAGCCAUAUUGAUAUAGAUGCAAUGAGGAAAGGCAAGCAAAUCAAUAGGGACCAGGGCAUGCUGCUGAUUAGGCAGGAUGAUGUUGUGGCUGCAGUGCUGGAAUUUUUCAACCAUGGGAGGAUCCUUAGGGAAUUCACCAGAACUGGAGUUACCUUAAUCCCUAAAUCAAAUGAGGCAAAGGCAGCUAAGGACUACAGACCCAUUGCUGGCUGUUCUACUUUCUAUAAAAUUAUCUCCAAGAUAAUGACACAGAGGCUGGGAAAGAUCUUACCUAAUAUUGUAGGAGUCAAUCAAGCUGCUUUCAUUCCUGGGCAGGUGAUACAUAAUCAUAUACUCAUGGCAUUUGAGCUUAUGAGAGGCUAUACUAGAAAGGGAGGGACACCUAGAUGCAUGUUGCAAUUGGACCUUCAAAAAGCUUAUGAUAUGGUUGAAUGGCAAGCCAUGGAGCAGGUUCUUCAGGAGAUUGGCAUGCCUAAGGAAUUCUCCAAUUGGAUCAUGGUAGCUGUAAAAAAUGUUUCUUAUGAAUUCAAUAUAAAUGGUAAGUACACAGACCAGAUGCAGGCAAAGAGAGGGCUGAGGCAGGGUGAUCCUAUAUCACCCCUGCUGUUUGUACUUAUGAUGGAGUAUUUUGAUAGAGUGCUGAGGAAAAAGACUAGUGACCCUGGCUUCAAGUAUCAUUCAAAGUGUAAGAGGGUAGGUAUUACAAACCUUACUUUUGCAGAUGAUAUAUUGCUUUUCUGCAGGGGAGACACCCAAUCUGUUCAGAUUUUGAUGAAUAUGAUACAACACUUCUCUGCCUCUACUGGCCUCAUUAUCAAUCCUAAUAAAUGCAAGAUUUAUAGUGGAGGGGUGGACAGUAACACAAGGCAAAUGCUGAGCAGUAUUACAGGUUUCAAUGAGGGUCAAUUGCCCAUGAAAUAUUUGGGGAUCCCUAUUGUUAGUAGAAGAUUGAGUGUCACCCAAUACUUGCCUUUGAUAGACAAAAUCUUGCAAAGAUUAAAGCACUGGACUGUAAAAUUGCUGAGCUAUUCUGGCAGAGUUAUGUUGGUCAAGAGUGUUAUUCUUGCAAUCACCCAGUAUUGGAUGCAAUGCCUACCUCUUCCUAAAGCUGUGAUUGCAAAAAUUGACUCCCUCUGCAGAACUUUUGUGUGGACUGGGAAGAUAGAUGCUAGUAGGAAAAGCCCUGUAGCAUGGAAUACAGUUUGCAGACCUAAAAGCCAAGGAGGUCAGGGUGUUAUCCAUCUUGCCACCUGGAAUGUGAUAACAAUGGUGAAAUGUCUGUGGAAUCUCAGCAAGAAGACGGAUAACCUAUGGGUUAAGUGGGUGCACGUGUACUACUUGAAAGGUAACAAUGUUAUGACUGCUCCAGUAUCUAAUAGUUGUUCCUGGAUGUUCAAAAGGAUCAUGGAUAUUAGAAGUAUAGUGCUGCAAGUGCAGGUGGUUUGGAAUCGUAUGCUGGCUUCCAACAGAUUCAAUAUGACAGUCCUAUACAAAGAGCUCAAUGGUGGAAUAGACAAAGUGGACUGGAGAUACCUAUUCUACCAAAACAAAGCAAGGCCUCGUGCACAAUUUAUUGCUUGGAUUAUCUGCCAUGGGAAACAAGCUACUAAAGAUAGAAUGGUUAGAUUCAAUCUUCUAACUGAAGCAAACUGUGAUCUUUGCAGGAAUAGUGAAGAAAGUCGAUCUCAUCUAUAUUUUGAAUGCCCAUCUAACUCUGAAAUCUGGAAGCAAGUUCUGCAAUGGCUGCAGUAUGAUCAUCAGCCGUUGCCAUGGCAAGGAGAAUUACAGUGGAUAAUGCAAGAGAUAGCAAGGAAGGGUAGCAAAGCAAAGCUUCUUAAAAUGGCUUUCACUGAAACUUUGUAUGUGCUAUGGAUUAGGAGGAACAAUGUUAUUUUUAACCAGUCUAAUAGUAUUGAUUAUGUACAUACCAUUAUAGAUGCUAUAGUUUACAGGAGUUUGGCCUAUAGGAAAAUUAGAGAGUAUACGGCCCAUCUGCUACUUUAA